GCAGAUAAAAGUUUUGGAGACUGAGACUGAGAGGGAGUAAAGAAGCGGACUGAGUCUAUGUUAAUGGGAAAGAUAGGUUCAUGGAAAAAGAGGAGGAAGCUCUCUGUGUCUCAGGAGUCCUGUUCCUCUUCUGCUGCUUCUUCUUUUUUCUGUGAGGCUGCUGGACAUCCAUCACCAUGUUCUCUGACAGCCGGGCUCCGGCGCCUGGGGAGCAGAAAGGCUUCAAGCCCCACGCCCCUCACUUCAUCCCCUGGCUGCGCAACAGUCUGAAGCCCCAGCACGGCAGUGACCUGGGGCUAAAUGGACCGUACAAAUCCGGCUCGGAGGCCCACAACAACCUGACCCCGCUGGAGAGAGCCAAGGGGAUCGGGUUCUUCUCCAUCCCUGGGAAGGACAGAGCAAAGAAGGGGGAUGUUCGGUGUAAUAACGGCGUGGGGGUGGCGAGAAUGCUGCCCGUGGUGCUGCGGGGGCAUCACAUCCUGCCAGGGAAGCAGAGGGAGGACAGUCCUGCAAGGUGGACCCAGUCUCCAGAGCUGGACCCGCUCCCCACCACAAAGAGCAGUCCAGGGGACGCACCGCGAGGUCCGAGCUCCACAUCUGCCCUGGACAACCACACCUUUGUGAGGAACCACAGCCACCUGAGCCUCCUUCAGUCGCAGAGCGACGGGACAAGCACCUUAGUCAGGAAAUAUGGGCCGCUAGUGAGACCCUCUCCUGCGCCGCUCAUUAAGGAGCCAAACUGUAAGGUGCCUGUUGUGGUGGACAUGGAGCUCAGGAGGGGCUACGGCAGCAGCACUACCCACCGCUGCAAGAGAGACCUCCAUUCAUCCAGCUGGGCGAGCCCAGACACUCAGGGACUAACAGAAAGGCAGCAUGGCUUCACCUCCAGCUUCAGCUACGUCAAACAGCAGAGCAGGAACUCCCAGAGCCAGAGAGAUCUGAGGGAGCCGCCUGUGGAGGGCUUAAACGGGCCCCUCAAUGGAGUCAUCUUUUCCACCGAGGUUCCUCAGAGAGGCCUGGGCUGCAGCACAACUCUACGAGGCCCCAGGAAACCUACACCCAGCGUGGAGCGCAUGGCGGCCCAGAACCAGACAUGGGUGCAAUACAGGCCGACCAAUGAAGGGGGGGCACAGAGGAAGGGCUGCAGCAGGAAGGUGGUGCGAAACCAGAUUAAACGUGUGGUGGAUAACCUGGAGCAAGUUCUGACCGCGCUGAGGGACGUUCACCAGGAAAUGAAAGAGGUGGUGCAGCAGAUUGACUAUCUAACCUCAUCCAUUGAUCUGAAUGCGGAGGAGCAGCAGGGGACUGAAAGAGGCGACAGCAGCUCCAGUUCAGGCUCCAGCUCCAGCGAAGUGACGGCAGGCGGCACCGAUCAGAGGCCGUCGGAGCCCGAAGACUCUUCCUGCAGGAGAGAGCAUCAUAGCAGGAGCCACCAAUCUCCACCAAACAUGCUGCUGUGCCCGGUAACCUCAUCAGAGAGGAGUCGAACUCUCCGGUUCACCUGCAGUCUGGGGUUUUCUCCCAGACAAGGUGGGCCGCUGCAGAACAAUCCCCCGCAAAACCUUCCCCCCCAUGACGUUACUUUGUCCCCACAAAGAAGUCUCCCUGUUCGGCCUCCCACUCCCGGUCUCUCCCCUCUCACAGUAAACCUCCAUCAUCCCAACAGCCCUGGUUCUCGACCUCACUCUCCUCGGCUGUCCCCUCUUUCUCCAAAGCCUCACCCCUCCCCCACUCUGAGCCCAUCUGUCAUAAUCGAGGGCAAAGUUAGGUCUUAUCAGACCCCACAAAGUGACCACCCAUCUGCCAGACUGCUCUCUCCAUCAUCGACGCAGCCUGCCAGCUGCCCACCCACCGGCUCAGAAACUGUCUUCAGCUCUGAGAGCGAGAGGCGAGCAUCCUCGGCGGAACGCGUUCAGGUGUGCCCCGCCCCUGCAGCCACGGCUAAACCCCUAACAGCACAAGGGCGCAGGGGUCGGAAGCCUCCUCCGUACCCCCACCACAGGCCCUCUGAACACACACAGAAAGUGACAGAGCCCCGCAAAGCUCCUCCGUACCCUGAGAAAAGGCUCUCGACCACAGUGUGAGACAACGCAGCAGGAGGCGGGAGGCUGAUCGACAAAGAGGCCACGUUCACAGCACCAGGCGCGAGAGUGGAGAGCGAUUUAAGGCUCGCCAAGUUGAGUUCAGACCAAGUUUCCAAGGUGACAGGACGCAACUUGGGCUGGGAGCCUCGACGCAGACACGAGCCCCGGACACAGAGGGGAGCGUCCCAACAUGAAGCAAACAAGGGCACGGAGCCGGAGGAGGGAACAUGUGCUCUCACUAAUGACAGAGUGUCAGGACUGCCCUUGCUGGGGGAAGGAGGCGUGUCAAGGUGUGCUUCACAUCAGACACGUCUGGACCUCCGCUAAGUGACUGAGCUGGAGAAGAGUGCGGACAUUAACCUUCCUCCUUCAUUAUGUGCAGACAGUUUGACUUCCAGGAGAAAUAAAAGCUUUGACUGUCUCUCGCCUGUGUUGCUUUGUCAAAGUUGGUACUAGCUGGAGUGCAGCUCCGACCAUUAUUAAAGGACAAUGGAUGUACAAAUGUAAAGAGACAUGUGGAGCACAUGAAGGUGGCGGGGGUGUAAAGUAAAGACCGAUGUGACAGCGUGUUUUCAAUUCUUCUCAGGACUGAAAUGAAAGAUAAAUGUGGUCAGGUACCUGCAGCGAUGCUCGCAGCCAGACCUUUGUAUUAGACCUCAUUUACAUAACAAAUAAAAUAAAUAUUUUAUUAA